GGCACCAGCAGGCCUGUAUGGUGCCUGAGGCAUUAUGCCAUUGGAGUCAAUCAUGUCACGUGAUGUAGAACAGCGGAAUCGGGUUAUUAAUUUAUCCGUCAAGUAUUGUCCUCAGGCACGAACGAGCUUUGCGCGCCGACAGACUGAGGCGUCUCUGCUCCCUGUUUGGCGUCCCUUCCAUUCAUUCGCCUGGCAGUUCAUCCUCAAAGUGCUUUCCAUAAACCACGGUCACCAUGCCUAGGAAACUACGCGCAGCCGCACAGCAGGCGGCACAAACAAUGAAAAACGUGCCUCCUCCACUCGAGGACGCCUCUGAUGAAGAAAUGGCCGAAGCACCGCCGUCCAACGAGCCUUCGCCGCCUGUAGAGGAAACUGGCGAUGCGUCCGAUAAACCCGACGCCGACGCCGACGCCGAGACCAAGCCCGAACCGCAACCCGCGCCCGUCCCGGAAGAAGAGCCGGCAACAACACCGGCGCAAGCAACCCACACACCCUCGCUAGGAGAGACGCCCUCCUACACUGGGGGUCGCCAGUCCGCCAUCCCGCGAAAGCGGCGCAUCGGUCGUCCGCCGAAGAACCCCCCGCCAGACUAUGACCUGCCGGAUGAUGGCACGCCGCAUACGCCGAUCCAUGUGAGCACGCCGGUGAAGAGGAGGCGCGGCCGGCCGGCGGCCAGCGGUGGACGGUGGGCGCGAAAUCGGGGCCCGUCGCACGUUACGCAGGUGCCCAUUGACAAGGAGGGUAACAUGAUGGACGUGGUCAAUGAUGAGGUGCAAGUGCCCGAAGACCCGGUUGGCGAGACCAAGGUCGGCAAGAAUGGCGUCCUGCAGGGAGGUCGAGAAUACAGGGUCCGCACAUUCACCAUCCUCAACCGCAGUGAUCGGUUGUACAUGUUGUCCACCGAGCCGGCGCGAUGCAUUGGGUUCAGGGACUCGUAUCUUUUCUUCCAGAAGCACAAAUUCCUCUACAAGAUCAUCAUCGACGACGAGGCGAAACGCGACCUCAUUGAGAGGGACGUUCUCCCUCACUCCUACAAAGGUCGCGCCAUCGGUGUAGUCACGGCUCGUUCCGUGUUUCGCGAAUUCGGCGCCAAGAUUGUCGUUGGUGGUCGCAAAGUUAUCGACGAUUACAAUGAAAAGGCAGCCCUCGAACGUGGCGACGUUGAAGGCGAGCUGGCGGUUCCGGAGGAUAAACUCCCUCCACCCGGUGAGGAGUACAAUCGGAACCAAUUCGUAGCGUGGCACGGAGCCAGCGCUGUCUAUCACACCGCGACGCCGGCACAACCUCUGCCGGUAGGCAAAGCCGUCGAUUCUAAGAAGCGGAAGGUGACCGUGACGGGCGACAAUUGGAUGCUUGAGCACGCGCGGGAGGCCAGCAACUUCAACACGCUCAUCUCAACCGCGCGUCGCCAAAACCUAGCAGGAACGUACGACAUCCACACCAACUCCAUGCAGUAUCCCAAGACCAUGCAGGCAUCGCACGCUCGCUGGGAGCGUCUUCCUCCACCCGACCCGCGUCUAUCAACCAAGUUGAUGCACGACCUGUCGACCCUAACCCUCACCAACGGGGCGGGCCAGACCCCCAAAGAAACAAGCCCAUUUCAACAGCCCGAACAAGGACAACAAGAACCGGAGCAGCAAGAACAACAAGAAGAAGACUCCAACCCCACAGAGCCCAAAGAACCAUUCCAACCAACCGACCAGCCCACCCCCGCCCCGCCACCAACCCCGAAGACCAAACCGAGCCCGACGCCCUUCUCUCACCGCCUCGCCGUCCACGACGUGUACUACGAAUCGCCCCCUUACUCAAACAUGGGCCUCCCCGGCCCCGACGGCGACGUGCACGACCUCGGCACAAACGGCGUGAUCAGCGUCGCGCACCCGACGAACCCAGAGUUCGUCGGACCGGAGAUCCUCGAGGAGCUGCCGACCGAUUGCAAGGAGGCGCUUGUCGAGGCGGCCGCGCGCGAGUGGGAGUGGAAGUCAAGAUGGCGAAGCGAGACGUCUGAUGGGACGCGCACAACGCCGCUGAAGAGUUAUGCUUGGUUUCCUUAAUAUAUACUCUUUUUUUCCCCUCUCUUUCUUUCUUUCUUUCUCCUUAUUGGUAUGUAACAGUACCUAGUCAUGUCCUCACGCACCGAUUAUCCAUCCGUCACGUUAAUCCAUCACCCGUUACCGUUAAUUCACCAAAUCACGAAUCAAUCUGGCAAUAACUUGCAAUUCUCCCACUGCUUUUGCUCCUUUCUUUCUUCUUCUUAUUACUAUUACUAUUCCACGACCAAUGUUCUACGUUCAAUGCUAAAUUAUGGGAGUGGGGGGGUUAUAGUCUGGCGUGACAAACCAACAGGAGAGUUUCUUCAAAAUGGGGAGUUUCGGUUGUAUGUGUGUGUUGAUUACUUUACUUUUUUGUCUACCUUAGUUUACUUUACUAUUAUAUCA